GGUUAAGUUACAUCUGAAGGUGAAGUGACAUUGGACUGAGGCAGCUUCCAUCCCAAGGCAGCUACAGACACACAAUUCAGAGAAACUUUGUGCAAAAGAGAUUAAAGAUGCUCCUGAUCAUCCUGAUUCAACUCCUGAUCGUCGCAUCAGCAAAUGCCCAGGCAACCACCACUGUAGCACCUACAACUGCAGCACCCACCACUGUAGCAGCUACAACUGCAGCACCCACCACUGCAGCACCUACAACUGCAGCACCCACCACUGUAGCACCUACAACUGCAGCAACCACCACUGUAGCAGCUACAAAUGCAGCACCCACCACUGUAGCACCUACAACUGCAGCACCCACCACUGCAGCACCUACAACUGCAGCACCUACAACUGCAGCACCCACCACUGCAGCACCUACAACCGCAGCACCCACCACUGUAGCACCUACAACUGCAGCACCCACCACUGUAGCACCUACAACUGCAGCACCCACCACGCCAGCUACUGGUGCCACCACCACCACCACGGCUGCUGGUGCCACUAACACUGCAGCACAUGCUGGGAUCGUAUCCGUGAGCAGUCUGGUGUUCUGUCACUUCAGUGUUGUUCUCUUCAUGUCCCUCUGUACAGUGUGACCUGGUUGUACUGUUUUUUUUAAACACAUUUAUCAGUACCCACAAAGUAUGUAAUUUAUAUUUAGACACACACUGGUGUUGAUAAGAUUAACAAUCCAUGUUGAAAUGAUGUUAACCCAGCUAGACUGGUAUCAGUGUUUUCUAUUGUUUGAGCAGUGCUUCAUUAAACUUUUCAACUGUUGUUGUUGAUAGAACUGUUUUCUUUAAAGUGUAUUAUAAUUCAUGUGAAGUGACAAAUCUACGUUGAGGCCAGAAUGUGGACGGAUUAUUUAUUUGGGUCAUUGAUUUGUUAUUUCACAGCAGAUAAAUAAAAUGA